AUGGCAAACAUUAUUCGUUCAUGGAAGAUGAAAGAUUCCGUAGAAUCAGAUAUUAUAAAAAUAUUGGAAGAAAAUGCUAUUACCGAUGACAAUUUUUCUGAACUUACCCCAGAUCUCAUCAAAGAAAUGAUACCAAAAAUUGGCUUAAGAAUGGAAUUCUUAAAGAAAUGGAAGGCUGUUUUUAAGACAGAACUAGAUGUUACGGAUUCGAGCGCAGAUACAUCUGAAACAUCAGACAGUUUGUUAUCACAAAUUUCAUCUGAAGAUGUUGCUAGUUUAAGCAGUCAGAAAACGUGUACGAGAAAACAGACGUUUGCCUUACGAACGCAAAGUAUUAAUAUCAAAGAAAUUUUAUAUACAAACGUCCAAGGAAAGGCGAUUGUAAAAUCUUAUAAAAGAUCUCAGUCUUUGACGCGACAAUCCAGAAAUCUGAUUGUCGACAUUAUUCUGACAGAAUUACUGAAUGAAGGGACUAAUUUGAAAAACGAUGAUUUUCAAUAUAUAGCAGAGGAAAUAGUAAAACUUUUUCCCACCGAGGUUACAACGACGUACUAUAUUCCGCCAAUUUCAAAAAGAGUAUCGCGAAUUGGAAAAUCUAUUAUUUCACGUGGGAAACUAGUGGACAAAUAUCGAAACAAAAUACGCAUAUUGAAACAUAUUAAUGAGUGGAAACUACCAGUAGAUGAUUUACACGACCAUAGAACUGAAAGUUCAGAUUCAUUCGAUGAAGCUGCUCUCGAUGCUAAAGCAUGGUUACAAAGUCAUUCAAUGCCAUGGGAAAUUGUUGUUACAAAGUGGAAAUUGACUGCUGAAUAUCGACGAAAAAAUAUUAAGUCAAAUCGCGAUUUGAAGUUGUGUCAAAUUUUUGAAAGCUGGCCCAUUCUCAAACAUCCAAAUGCAUAUACCUUAAUUGAAGAGAAUUAUUCUUCUCUAGAAUUAUCAACGCAAGAAUUGACAUUGGAAAGUUGGAAAACAUUUUUUGCAAAAAUUUUAGCAGUUCGACCACCAAAGAAAGACGAUGACUGUGCGAAAGCUUUAAUAGAAUUGUUAGAAAACGACCAACAAUUGACUGAUGAUGUUGAAAUUGUUUUACAAUUGAGACUUCUCCCACACUUAUUUCCACCUAAAAACCGAAUCCGUCUAAAAAAGAAUCAAUGGAAACCAUCGAUACCAGAAUGUAAAGAUAGCAUAAUUAUUUUAACUACAUUAAUAGCAGACAUCACAAAAAUACAAGAAGAAAAAAAGAGAAAAGCAGCCGCGGAUAUAGGGAUUACAUUACAGCCUUUCAUCAUGGCUGUUGGCCCAUCCAACGCAGACAUUUCUGAUAUUUUUAUAUCAGUUGAUAAUAUCUUGUACAAGGUAUCAUCAGCCCUAAAAGCUGUAGACUUAAAUUUCAAAAUCUUUCAAGUUUUUGACAUUGAAUAUCCGAUCGAAAGCGUUCAUAUAUGGUUGUUAAUACAAAGAGUUUUAUAUGGCUAUGAAAAUAGUUUGGAUAAAAUAACUCCUAAUGUAAUGGAAACAAUAAGCGAUAUUAUGACUUUUCAAGAUAAAAACACGUAAAUAAUCAUAUAAGCAACUUUUUCCAUCGUUUUUUUUUUUAUUUGUUGAUUAAGCAAAGGCACGAUUUUAUUUUUUGUUUUAUUUCAAUUUUUAAUUUUUGAAAAGGAUAAUAUUUAAUAAAUAUUACCUAAAAAUAUUUGUUUCUUAUUGUUUCGUUGCAACUUUUUUAAAAGGAUAAGUACCAGAAAUGAUUCCGUGCCCGUUUUGCGAAACAUGUCUUACUAAACAUGUCAAAUUGCAUCAUAAGACUUUAGUAUUGUCAACUUGUUAUUGUCGACAUGGAAGUUGUACAAGAAGUUUUAAUAGUUUUUACUCGUAUAAAAGACAUUUUUUUUACAACAUUUUGGGUCGUUUAGCAAAACACGAACUGGUCAAAAUAAAAAUCCUGAAAAUGAUUCUUCUGACCUUAUGGAUUUAGAAAAUUUGAGUUGUUCUAACCUUAUGUCCUUAAAUACAAUAAUUCAAUCUUCACAAACGGCAUAUUCAUUUCACCAGCAUGCAAAUUUUAAUAUCGAAGCAUUUCAAUCUAUAGUACAAAGAGAAAUCUCAUCGUUCGUUUCACAACUUUAUUCGGAGUUGAAUCUUACACGAUCAUUUAUUUCCAUUUUGAUUGACAAAUUGAAGAAUUUGUAUGAUUUAACUUUUAUACCAAUUUUAAAGCAAAAGUGUAAUUCUACAGAUUAUAAACAGGCCCUUUCAGAUCUCACCAAGAUGUUAACAAUAUUGCAAUACGGUUUUGAUAUUUUUAAAUCCUAUCAUCUCAGUUUAAAAUAUUUUGAAAAAACAAAAACUCUGAUAAAACCACAAUCACUCAGAAUUCAUGCAUCAGUAAGUUCUCAUUUGAUCAGAGGUAAACGCAAAGUUAUUAUUUCAAAUGCAGAAAUCCAAGUAAUAUCGAUGAAAAUGGUAUUAAAACAAUUUUUAGGUUUAUCAAACGUUUUAUCUUCAAUUUUAGAACAUAUUGAAGAAUGCAAAUCUAGUGAAUCAGUUAUUUCAAACAUUCAAGGAGAAUUAUGGCAAAGCAUCGAAUCUCAAUUUACUACGGGAAAACCGUACUUCCGUUGAUAUUGUACUUUGACGAUGUUGAGAUCAAUAACCCUCUCGGUUCACACGCUAAUAUACGAAAACUCGGUGCCGUCUAUUUUUCAAUAGCAUGUAUCCCAUUUAAAUUUAGUAGUAUGUUGGAAAAUAUAUUUCUUGCUCAACUUCAUUACACGAAAGAUCAUAAGACUGCCGGUAAUAUGAAAACAUUUCGUAAUAUUAUCAAUCAAAUAAUAGAUCUAGGGAAACAUGGGGUAACUAUAAAUGUGAAUAGCCAGCAACGAGCGAUUUAUUUUUCUUUGUUAGUACUUAUUGAUGACAACCUAGCCUUGAAUGAUAUUUGUGGUUUUACAACAAGCUUUAACGCACAAAAUGUAUGUAGAAUAUGUACAGCGAACAAAAUUGAGAGUCGAAAACAAGUAAAAGAGAAUAUUCAAAUGUUACGGACCACUUACGGACCACGGACCACAAUAGCUAAAAUCUUAAACAUUUUAAUAAAUAAAGAACAUUUCUUUUCGCUUGAAAUUUUUAAUGCCCGCUUGCAGCAUUUUGAUUGUGGUCGACAGUUUGGAAAAAACGUACCAAUCUCAAUAUCUAGCAAUGCUCUUAAUGCACAAAAUUUAAUCAUUUCAGCUUCAGAAAUGGUUUUUCUGAUUGAACAUCUUGGUAUUUUGAUUGGCGAUCUGGUGCCUAUAAAUAAUGUCGUUUGGGAAGUUUUUCUCGUGUUGAAGGAAAUUACAAGUAUUAUAAUGAGUUCAUCAUUUACCGCUGCAACAAUUCAACUUCUUGAAACUUUAAUAUCGGAACACCAUUCGUUAUAUAUAGAAGUUUUUGCGGAGCCUCUAAAACCUAAACAUCAUUUCAUCGUACAUUAUCCCCAAUUAUUAAGAAGAUUAGGACCACUCAAACAUUUAUCUUGCUUUCGUUUUGAAGCGAAACACAAGCAAAUCAAAGAAAAUGCAAAGGUUAUAAGAUCCCGCAGAAAUUGUCCAUAUACUUUGGCACUAAAACAUCAACUUAUACUGUCACAUAAACUUCUUAGUAAAAAAGGAUUUUUUGAACGAUUAAAUUUGGGGCCUACACUGAAUCAAGAAUUAAUCGAUUUGCCUGAUUAUCUUGAUUUCAAAUAUACACUUCCAUGCAAUAUUCAAUGUGAAUACGUACUCGAUACUUGGGUACAAGUAAACGGCAUUACUUAUUAUAAAGAUAUGGCUGUAGCUAUGUAUAUAAAUGACUUUGUCAUAAAGCUAUGUAUAUAAAUACUAUUGUCUUUGGCGAAAUUCAUUACAUAACUAUUAAUAAUAUGCGUCAAAUAUCAUUUAUAUGUACAGAAUUUUAUGUUAAAACACUUAACAGGCAUUAUUGCGCAUUUCAAGUAAUUAGAAAACCUAUUUGGAGAUUCAUUAGGUUAGAAGAUUUGUUUUCCUAUGUUCCGCAAAAUAUUCAUAUGAUGAGUGAUGGUAAUUUAUAUAUUUCAUAUACAUGUAAUUAAAUACGUCUGGAUACUUCAUACGAAUUUGUGUUCAAAAUUAUCUUUAAAAUUUAUCUUUAAAAGUGUUCAAUACAGUGUAUAAUUGAUUAAUAUAAAAUAUACAUAUUAUAUAUAUACAUAUAUAUUGUCUACAUCUUUAUUUUGAAACGUUUUUAGACUAACAGAUUAAUUUUGUUGAAUUUAUAUUAUUAUGUACUGGAAAAACUAAUUUUAGUACAAUAUAUAAUAAUAUUAAUGCAACAAAAUUAGUCUAUUACCCUAUAAAGUUGCAAGUCCUCCAAACAAAUGUGUAUAACGUCAUUAGUGAAAUCAACUAAAUAAAUUGUUGAAAAGGACAAAACUAUCCUACUGACUUAAUAUAAUAUUUAGUUUCUUGAAUAAAAAUUGGAUUAUUUAAUCUAAAUAUUUUGUUCUUUUCACAAUUUUUCUAUUUUAAUACAUUAAAUUUUUGCUAAUAAAACGAUAGCUUUAUUCAAAUCUAUCCAAAAUUUUAUUACUUAACCUUAAUUAAUAGACAUGUUGAUCGUAUGUUUCAUUUGUUUCAUAAGAUAAUUAUUUAUGCUGUACGAGUAUUUAGUUAUCUUUACUUUAUAUUUUGGUAAAUGUUUCACAUUUUCAAUUCCUGUAAUAAAAAUUUAAUUGCUUUAACUUAAUGCAAGAUUUUGCAACAAAAUAUUUGUAUUGACGAAAUAAUUCUCUAUUUGCUUUAUGAAACUUUUUUGUGAAAGUGACAAAACAUAAAAAAGAAUUAAUCGCCUAAAUUGUUCGUUAAAUUACAUCAAUAAGUAAAUGAACUAUGUAUUAAAGUCAUUCAAUAAAUUUUUUAUUUAUAUCCAAUCUAUAUUUUGUUAUCUCAACUUUAUCUUUCAAUACAGAUUUCUUGUGUUUAGUUUGAGAAACAAAAUUUUAGUUGCUUUAUAUUUUUGUGAAUAUAAAUUUUAACUCUAAUUUAAUAAAAUAAAAUAAAAUUUGUAUUUAUCGAACUAUAUACGUUAUUGUUUCAAGUAAUUUUUUGUUUAAAUAUAAAGUGUACUUUGUAGAUUGGAGUUAAGAUUAAUCAAAGACAAAAAAUUUUUCUAAAUUCAGCACGAACAAGUUCAUGUAUCAACAAAAUAUUGUAAUACAGUAUCAGUAUAUGUUUUCAUGAAACCUUCAAUUUUGUUGAUUCAAAAAAUGUCUUGUUUAUAAUAGUAACAAAUUAUUUUGUGUCAUCGUAAUAAUGUUUAGUCGUACGUAUCGGACUAAAUAUUUUAGUAGCAUGAAACAAACUUUGCGUUUUUCAACAAAUUUUUUUUCUCAGUGCAGAAAAAGAUUUAUUGACGUAUCCAAGUAAUAAGGUGAUUACUUUAAUACAACACGUGCACGAUCAAUUAUUUCACUAUUGCGAUGAAAAUGGUCAUAAAUCAAAUUUGGAAUCGACUUUUAAAAAUAUAUUUUUCCACAACUACAACAGUGAAUUCUGUAGUAUUCAUCGUUGUGACAAUAUAAUCGUCAAAAAUAGUUUAGCAUUUUUAAUAGAUAAGUAUGUUAAAGAUAAGAAAAAACCAGUACAAUUCACUUCGGGACAUUACGAGAAAACCAAGCAAUUUAAGUCAUUAUGAUAUAGUUCCUUUUUUUCAUAUUUUAUUUAUUUACAUUUUUAGUAUAUUUUUAUUAUAUUUUCGAAGAUUUUGUGAUACAGUUUUCUUUUUCAAAGUUUUAUUACCAUAAGUAACUCUUAAGUAUUAAUGAUGCAAUCAGUAUUAUUUUUAAUAAAUAUAGAAAAAACAGAGUUAUAUUUAAUUUUUUUUUGUAUACUUUUUGUUUUUAUUUUCAGUUUUGAUUAUAGUGUUUGAUUUGUUACGUUUAAAAUAUCAAAUACUUUUACUACUUUUUUUUAAAUUAGUUUUUAUUUAGUCUUUAAAAAUUACUUAAUAAAUAGUAGUACUUCUUAAGAUUGCAACUCUACUAAAAGACAAAAAUUUUGUCAUAGCUGUAGGGUAAUGUAGCAAAAAAUAUCACUGCUUUUUCAGAGCUUUUUAGAAUAAGAAAAAUAAUGUUAUUUUACCAUGUAUUUUUAUACAUUAUCUUAUUAUUACAACUAAUUGUAAGUUUAGCUAUAAAUAAAAAUUAAGUUAU